AUCUCCUGUUGCCAUGACACUAUAUUGCAGGUAGACUCAGUCAUACCCCCUAGGGCAUCACUAAGAGAAACUUCCGUGAAAUGAAAUGGUAAACACUUCACAGCAGGCAGGUUUUUGGCCUGCCUUUACAAGGCUCAAGGGUAUAUUUUCACAUGCAGUGCAUCACAACUGGUUUCCAGUUCUUCAGUCUUCCUUUACACUGGCCUCCAGCCACCCAAGCCUGCCAGGUACUGCUGGUCAAUUAUGCAUAAGCUUUUCCCAAGCCACCGCCUCCCAGUCUCUACGAACUGUCUCCCAUUCAUGCUAGGAUUCAUCCCUCCUUGAAGUCCUCUCUCAAGAACGCCCUCCACUCUGGUAAGUCCUCAACUCAGACACAGCUCUGCUACGAAGCCCUCGUUAGGAAAAACUGCCGAUCGUUAGUCUCUGAAUCGCAUGGUCUUGAGCAGUCCCGCCCCGAGUUCUCGGACUGCCGGCUCCAAACAAGAUUCCCAGUUAAAGACACAAGAACACGAGGAUGACCGCGCUGCAACCCCCGAAGGAACGGUUGCUUAGAGGCUCAGGUCUUCUCUAGAACCUGCAACGACACCCUCGGCGCGAGCACAAAGGCUCCGACGGCGGCCGGCGGGGGCUGCAGAGCGCGCGGGAGCGGGCGCCAGAGGUCGCCUGUUCGUGUCCUAGCCAAGCCCGAGGCACCAUGCCGCGGCGCCUGCAGCCCCGGAGCGCGGGCACAAAGGGCCCGCAGGCCACGACCGCAGCGGCUUUGGCAGCCACCUCGCGCUCCCACCCCUCCGCUUCCGGGGACUCUCCGGCCUCCGCCAAACCGCUGCUGCGCUGGGACGAGGUGCCCGACGACUUUGUGGAGUGCUUCAUACUGUCAGGCUACCGGCGGCUACCUUGCACGGCGCAGGAGUGCCUAGCCUCGGUGCUGAAGCCCACCAACGAGACGCUCAACUUCUGGACACACUUCAUCCCUCUGCUGCUGUUCCUGAGCAAGUUCUGCCGCCUUUUCUUUCUGAGCGGCCGUGACGUGCCCUUCCACCACCCGUGGCUGCUGCCGCUGUGGUGCUACGCGUCCGGCGUACUGCUGACCUUCGCCAUGAGCUGCACAGCGCACGUGUUCAGCUGCCUGUCCCUGCGCCUGCGCGCCGCCUUCUUUUACCUGGACUAUGCUUCCAUCAGCUACUACGGCUUCGGCAGCACGGUAGCCUACUACUAUUACCUGCUACCCAGCCUCAGCUUGUUGGACGCCAGAGUGAUGACCCCUUACGUGCAGCAGCGCCUGGGCUGGCACGUGGACUGCACACGCCUCAUCGCUACCUAUCGUGCUCUGGUGCUGCCCGUUGCCUUCGUGCUGGCGGUGGCCUGCACCGUGGCCUGCUGCAAGAGCCGCACUGACUGGUGCUCUUACCCGUUCGCGCUGCGUACCUUCGUCUUCGUCAUGCCGCUCAGCAUGGCCUGCCCCAUCAUGCUUGAGAGCUGGCUGUUCGACCUGCGUGGAGAGAACCCCACGCUCUUUGUGCACUUCUACCGCCGCUACUUCUGGCUGGUGGUGGCCGCCUUCUUCAAUGUGAGCAAGAUCCCUGAGCGCAUCCAACCUGGCCUUUUUGACAUCAUUGGCCACAGCCAUCAGCUCUUUCACAUCUUCACUUUCCUCAGCAUCUACGACCAGGUGUACUAUGUGGAGGAGGGUCUGCGCCAGUUCCUCAAGGCGCCACCUGCUGCGCCCACGUUUUUGGGCACUGUGGGCUACAUGCUGCUGCUGGUCGUCUGUCUGGGGCUGGUCAUCAAGAAGUUCCUAAACAGCGCUGAAUUUUCCAGUAAAAAGUGAGCCUCUACUUUGCAGGAGGCUGCUGGUUUGCCCACUUGUUUGGACUUUCUGUUGUUGCUAUUGUUGGUUUGUUUUCCAGUUUUGUUGUUUCCUUCUUUGCUCAAGGAGGUUGCUCCAGAGCCACAGGGAAAAAAAAAGUCCGCUAUGACAGGGGGGUUUCAAUGCACUUAGGGCUUUGGAAAAGGGAAAUGGGUCAAGCAGGAAGGACAGGGCCGCUGGUUUUUGCCUGUGGACGAAAUUCCGGUGAUGUCUGUGACAUCCAGGGAAUUUUCAAAGGCAGCGAAUAAAAUCCCAAAUAAAACCCCAACUUGCUUUUCCAAUGAUCUUCUGUGCCAGCGGUAAUAACAAGUAGCCCCUGUGAGGUCAGGUGCACAUUAAAGAGGGUAAGUAGACCAAAUCCCUGGGUACUUCCAUUUCAGUCUGAGGAAUGCUUGGAUUUCUCAAAAGAAUGGAUCUUUGUAGGAAACGGGCACAAAGACAUAAAUAAGCCCAGUGCUUAACCUGCUAGAAAAUGCAUGGAAUGUGAACACGAGUUUAAUUAUUUCAAAAUGUUUCUCAGAUGUUAUUUAAAUAGUAAUAUAUACAAUGAUUUUUCUUAAUUUAUCAAGCCUGUGAUAUGCACUGAAUUUUAAUUUGUCUUGUAGUUUUGAAUUUUGCAGCCCUUCUGCAUUGCAUACACUUUAACUGGACACCAGGGCAAGCUGCUUGAGAGUUCUCAACUACUGUACUUUCCUAAACAGUGUUUCCUGAAGGCCUGUGUUCCAUGAUACAAAUGUGAAUUACUUCACCUUAGGGACUCUGGUUAGACUACUGGUAAGGAGCUCAGUGGUCCACAUAGAUCCCAGAUGCCCAUUUACUUUCAUGUAUUCCACAAAACCUAUUUUGUUUUUUGUUUUGUUUUGUUUUAAUCUUAUUCUUUCCUUCUCUACUUAUUUAAAUUACCACUGGAAUAAAUGUGCCUUUUGAAGCAAUGCCCAAAUGACUGGUCCUCAAAUAUAGGGGAGGGCAGUUGGAGUAAACUGUUUCUUUACUACAAAUCAGGGUUUAACAUUCCACCCAGGAGGGAAGGAAGAUGGUGUUGGUUUCAAGCUGUGAGCAGCAGGGAAGUAGCUUACCAGGACACAGAGCAUUUGGCUUCUCUACUAGGAGAAGGAGCUGAACCACUAAUAUGACUGUGGUUCCUAAUGCAGCCAUCAGGGAAGGUGAGAGGACACUGUUCUAGACUGAUGCCAUCUAUCCUCGCUUAAAAACGCAAUACUCAGGAAUAGAUAAGGCAGAUACAGUAUGAAAGUCAGGAGCAUAUUACUUGAAUUGUAACUGAAGUUUUUAAGUUCAAUAAGAUUACCUUUGCCUAUUUAAACACUGAAGUUCUCAUUUACAUGUAGACUGUGGUAAUGAACAGUCAUCCUAAAUUAUGAAGAAAUGAGUGAACAUGCUUCUGAGAUACUUUUUUAACAAUCACAUUGGCCAGUGUUAUUUAAGACAUUUGUUUUAAAUGCUAACCUGUACUUCAGGUGGCAACCGUAGAUUAACACAGACCACUGAGGUAGCUUAUUUUAAACACCUAUAUACUUCUUGACAAGUCCUUUGGUUAAGAGCCAAAUAAGUCAUUGAAUGGGAAGUCUUGACUUCAUGGUAUAAUUUAGAUCAAGCACAUAAACUAGAUGAACACUUACCUCAGUACUGGUAGGCUGAUGCUCCUAAAAAUAUUUCUGUUUUUGUUUGUGCUUUUAAUCGCUACUAUAUUUAUAAACCGAGAGGCUUGACACAGUUCCCUGGAGGAACCAGUAUGCUUGUGUGUUAAUUUGUACACAGAGCUUAACCUUAUAUAUGUCUGUAUUUAAUUUAAAGCCUCUUAAUGGGAUUGUAAAUAUACUUUGCACGUUUGCAGAUGGGUGUCACUGUCGUGUCUUUUGCAAAAUGCAAGGAGAUUCCCAUUAGGGUACAGAGGCUGAGAAUUUGUGCCUACUACCGAUGUCAUUCUUCACCUGUAACUUAUUCAGUACAUGCAUUCAAAGGCAAUUGUGGAGAUCGGGAUAUUUCCACCUCCAAGUUUAUUUGCAUGCCAUUAUUGUUUCUUCUAGAGCCUCAAAGAAUGUUGCUUUGGAAGCUAGAGACAUAGGUUGAUGAGUAUUUCAUAGCUUCCUUGUAAAAUGGGACCUCCCUCCCCCCUUUCAGAAGGAACUUUCUGAAAGACAUUCUCAAAAGGAUUAAUGCGUUUGAGAACAAAAAUAAACCUUGCAUUUGUCACUUAAAAUUUUUGUUGGAGAUCUUGGUCUGCAAACAGAAUUCUCUUCUUGCCCUGUGUGUCUUUGUCCUUAAGCAGAAGCCACUUAAGGAUAAAAUUAUACCCAUAUCAUUUUCAAAUGAUUCUGAUGCCUGAGCCCGGCCAGAGAGAAUGAGGACUCACUUUCCUUCCUUUUGCCUUUUCCUUCCCCUACUUUCCCUUCCCCAUCCUAUCUUAGCUUUUAUAUACCACACAUAACAUGGACAAAAGGGCAUUCUAGUUGAAAAUAGUGGUUUUGCUUCACUUCAUGUUUGCAAGUAGAUACCGUGUGCACUACACAGACCAGGCAUGUUUGUAAAAUUAUGUGUGUGCUGAAGUAUAUCUGAUUCAGUAUAUCUGAAUCUGUCAUAAAAAUGAUGAUAUUUUAGAAUCAGGAAAUAUUUACUAAGUAUCCAAAUUUGCAUGGAACUGUCCAGGCACAUUACAUAUUUCAGGGGUAACAUGGUCAUCAGAAUAAAAUAGCUUUAACAAUAUUUUUCACACUCUCCACUUUGCCACAUCCUUGAAAAUUCACUUUUUCUUUAUUGUGUUCAGUUGUUUGAAAUGUGGGACAAAUGAUAAGUAAGAAUGCACUUCAUCAUCUCUGUACAACCUAUUUUGAAAGCAUAGAAUUUUGGAGCAUAUUAUGUAAUACAUGGUAUUUUUACUUGUUAGUCAUCAUCGAGAUGACAUCUCAAGGAGCUAGAGAUUUAGAGUCAUGCCUGGGAAAUGAGGGUGUUGACUGCAAUGCCUGUCACCCUGUGGGGUUGGUCUCUGGGAUUGACUCAGGCUGAGUCAGUUGACUAAAGGGGUCCCUUUCUUCCCCGUCCUUGUAGCUGCACCCUCAGCUAAAGAAGAUGACCUUCCCAGAGAGAGGAAGUGAGUCCUUUGGUCAUGUCAUGACUGGCUUGUAAAAAUAAAUGUGCUCUUUUCCACUGGCUAUCCACUUUCUAUAAAUAGCCCAGGAGGAAAGUAUGGGGCUUCAAAGCUGGCCAGAGUGGCUCACAUGUCUCCAUUCAUAAAUCCUGCCUGAAAGUGCUUACAGUCAAAAACUGUUUAGCCUAAUUCAUUAUGCUAUUUCAGGGCAAUGAUUUCUAAGAAUGCAAAAUUUGGGGAUGAAGCUGAUUUUUAUAAUUUUUUUAUGAUUUGGUGCUGAAUCUGAGGGCUAAUAGCAAUUAAAAACAGGGAUUUUUGUCUUCAAAUUUCUUCAUAACUUUAUUUAGUUAACCUGUACAAAGCUAUAGCAGAAAACAGUUAUGGUAGGAGCUAUGGUCAUUUCAAGGCUAUUCCAUAAGGUCAAGGCAACAGAAUUGUUUUCAAACUGGCAUUAGAAUGUGGAGAUUUCUGUGUGCUUGACUGUGAGUGUUUACUAGUUUGCAUAGCUAUGGUGUCUGGCAAAGCACAAACACUAAUUGGAGAGAGAAAAAGUGUAUAUAUAUAUGUAUAUAUAUAUAUAUAUAUGUAAUUGUAAAAUAGAGUGAAGUAAGAUAUGGCUAUCCUUAGAUUUGAAUUAUAAAGUCUUACACCAAAUGUUACCAGGUACUUAAUUUUUAUCAUCUUGGACUGUGCAUCUGUUGAAUUCUGCCACAGCUGACUUCACUCUGUCAGCAUCUUUGAGUUGAUUUUCAUCCACUGGUUCAUGUGAUCCCUUUAGUGACCACUGAGCAUCCACUGCAUGUUAGACCUUGGCGGAGGAUCCAUCACAUUGUCACAGCCGCUACCCUUUGUCUGUGGAUAGAACAAGGGUAGGAGCACCAGAAAGGCCCUCAGGCCAGGGAUCAAACUCUGAUCCUUGCCAUAAGCAGAAUGUUCCAAGACACUGAGUUUGGUUCUUUUCCCCUUUCUAUUAGCAAACGAUCUUGUUUCAAUUAGCAUGCUACUUACCCACAAUCAAUUUCCUUCUUUUUCUUUCUUUUGUUUCUGUCUGCUCCUAGGUCUUUGUGAAUUUUAUGGUUCAGAAUAACUAGAAAAUUUCAUGUGAAUUCAGGUGAAGGGAUAGCAGGCAUAUAUGCACAUAGAAGAGGUUGAAAGAUGUAUCAUCACUACUAGUUAACAAAGACAAUAAUAACAAUCACUUUUGGAAGGUUUAUAAUGUUCAUAUAAUUAUGAAGUAAGGUUCAUACAAAGUGCCUAAACUGUGAUGUCAUUAAAUGUCUGAAUUCCAUAGAUAGCAUAAGUUUAAAAAUAUGCAAGCUUAAAUGCCUAAAUCUCCAAAGAUUAAUGUUCUUUAGCUUUUUUCCUCCUUUAAGAUCUUUGUGUUAUAAUCUAUAAAACAUAUGUUAGAAAAAUGGAGGAAAUCAUAAAGAAAAAGUACCAGAUGUAAAAAAGACAGCAGAAGGCAUGAGAAGGGGAAAGCAAGAAUUAGAUUUGAUCAGCCUGAAUGGAACAGCAAGUGCAACUAUGGACAGUUUCGCCUGAGUUUUACAUUUGGUCCCUAGAAAGGCAUGUGAGUGCCCCUGCUGUUAGUGCUCAAAUAGGCAGGUGAGGAAUUGUGUUUGGCACGUCCCAUAGCUUUUGACCUGAGCACUAGUGCCCAGGUAUAUUUUGAGUGGUGCACUUACCUUUGGCUUACUGUCCUUAAUUAGUGUCCAUAAAAUGAGGGCAUAAGGCAAAAAGGCAUUAGGGAUAGCACCAUCCAAUUGCAAAUUACCUUUUGAAUCACUUUCUUGAAAGACUGACAAUAUUCUGACAUAUAUUGCCUGACAAAAAGCAAACACACCUAGACAAGCUGAAAAGGAAGUAUUCAUUGGUUGAAGCUGAGAACUACCCUACUCCUUUGUGAAAGGCCACGUGCCUUCCUAUGGAAGAUUUUAUUUUGUCAAUGUUAUGAAUAACUGUUUCUUAAAUGUGAAAAUGGGUGUAAGUUCUUCUGGGUCACUUUUCCAGAAAGCUGAUACAAACUUUUUGCUUAUUGAAAGAGGACAAACAUAUUGCAUUUUUGGUUUACAGAUUUUUAACCAAUUUGUAGGCCUUUUGUUUUAGAAGAGCUUGUUGAGUGUGAGAGCAAGUUGUAGAACCAGAAUGUUUAUUUAUAGGUCAGGGGCUAGGAAUGCUGAUUUGGCUGUUAAUUGUGGAAGGAUGUGCCUGUUAAAAGCCCUGAACACACACCUAUAUACAACAAAAUUCUCACUUUAUUAUGGAAAAACAGCCUUUUUUUUUGAGCUUUUGAAAAUGUUUCCCCAAUAUAUUGUGCUUCUAAAUGUAAUGCAUGAGCUUUAAUACUUUUUUGUUUUUGAACGAUCUCUGGAAGCUGUUCCAAACAUGGCAUUUCUUAAGGAAAAUUUCUCGAACGUGUAAAAGUCGCGGGCCACCUUUCUCAUGCCUUACAGCUGCACCUAAAACAUGCAAUAAGCACUCAAGUGAGGGUGAAGGGGUCUCCAGCUGGUUAUUUAUCCAUGCUGUAGCAAUGGCCCUGCCCCUCAUGGUUCACUCCAACAUUGAAAAAAGAUGCCGGGUAAAUAAACCCUUGUUUUCAGAUGAAAAUAGUGUGGGGACACAUUAAUUUCACUUCUUUUAGUUUCAUCUUUAGUUAGGGAGCAUAAUCUGUUUUUCAUAUGCUGGAUGCAAACAAGAAAAUUGAUAGGAAAAAUUUUUAAAGAAAUAUUCUAACUUUGUAUUUUAAAAGUUUAUAGCAGCAAUUUGUUUGUAAAAACAGGCCUUAGCACAUAGAUGAGAACCAGCGCCUUUUGGAAAGCCUCAUCUUUGUCCUGGGGGUUUAAUCACCUUGAACUCUUGCCCAAAGGAUAAAGACCUAGUAGGUCUUUAAAAGUGUAAAUAAUGUAUAGUUUAAAAGAUGAGUU